AGCGCGCCCGCUGCACGGUAAAAAUAUAAAAAAAUAUAGCUCAGUCGAUUCAAUGAGAUGGAGUUACAAAUAUGAUUUAGAAUUCUCCGAUACCUUUUGUUGUUGCAAGAAUUGAAUUGAGUCCAAUAAUACCUCGGUAACCGUCGAGUAUUUUACGAAAACACGUGGUUUUUUUUAUCCUUGUGUGUUUGUGAAAGUGGCAGGGACGAAAUUUGACUUGGAAAUGCUAUUUUCGUGAAGCACAAUGAAAUGCCCCGUUGAGGCUCGUUGCAUAAUCUGUCACUACACAUUCUGCUGCGCAAGUUGUCGCUGGAAGCACGAGGAGGAGACCCAUGGUCUCAAGUACGACUGCUGCCUCUGCCGAGGACAACGGUACCUCUGCAGGCCAGAACACUUGGACAACAAGGAUUUCAUCAAACACAUCACAGAAAAACAUUUACCUCUCCAGUGCAGGAAGUGCCAGCAACUGUUCACAAACAUGGAAGAUCUCAUCAACAUAGAUAAGUGUCAGAGCAUCACCGAACUGAUAGACCAACCUCAAGUGAGAAAAGAUCCAACAGAAAUUGAAGCAAGAUUUGAUUCUAUCUACGAAAAAACUAUAGCUAUUAACGAUAAUGAAAACAUAGAGGCUAUCAUAUCUGUUAACAAAAAUAAUAGAACUGCAGUUAUAACACCAAUUGUGCGAAAGAAAACUUUGGUAGAUUAUGAAUCCAGUGAAGAUUCAGAGUAUGAUAGCCCGAAACCAACGGCCAACAUGCAUACCCCACAUCCUAAAAUGGCUCCUAAAACACCGAAACUAAAAAAACAAAGGGCCGCGACUCCUCAUGCUAAGAAAUUUAUAAAUUUGAUGCGGCAAAGAGUAAUAGAGGAAUAUGAGAAAGAAGAAGAAUGCAAAAUAGAAAAAGAUUUAGAUGAUUCACCAGUUGGUAGCAAAACAACUCCUGUCCGAAAGGAAGAUGGUCUCACAGCCCAACCGUCCAAAGGCAUGACGACCCCGACGUCCCACCUGCCGGACCGCUGCCUGAAGCUGGCGCAGGCGGUGACCACCAGCACGCCGACGCACCCGGCCGCCGGCGCCUGGGCCAUGUUCCCCGAGCAGGGCGCCGACUCGCCGCUCAGCGAGAUCGAGGGCACCACAGGGGAGAGCCCGGCGCAGAGCAGCUGUGAUCCAUCAAAAUCGGAGUCGCAACCAAAGCUGAAGAGCAUAAUAGUGACCGCGAGCCGCCUGCGCCUCGGCAGCCAGGACAGCUCCGAGAAGCAGGUCACCUUCCAGGACUCCAACAAUACUGAUGGCUCCGUCAAGAGCAAACGGGUCAAGUUCGCCGACGACACCGUGUUUCACCAGGAAAACAAGGUUAAGAGAGUUUUCCGCAAACCCAAGCGGAUGCUGACCCCGGGUCCGCAGAAGCCGGGCAGAUAUUGCUUCAACCCGCGGUUCCAAGCCCUCAUUAACCGCUUCGAAAACCAGGGAAUAACUUUAGCCCGGACUCCUGUCAAUAGCAACAGAGACCGGGAACAGGAGUCCACGCCCCCUGUCGGCGAACACGCCAAUAUACCGGCGCGGGCGAUCAACUUUAAAGAGUCUGUAGACAGUCCGGCCGUCAGUUCAGUGACGGAGAAAGAAUCAAAUGAAUUAUUCAGGACGUGCGUGGACUCGCCUGUCCCCAGCCAGCCGCUGCAGACGGCCAUCUCGGCGCUCACCACGAACAUCGCCGGCUCUCUGCAAAAUUGCCUCUCGUCCGCCCUCCGCGCCAAUGAGGAAGAAACGGAAAUACAAUUCAAAUUCGUUAUCACGAAACGAAAGGCCGUCCUCAGAAAAAUACCCGGCGAAGGGGAGAAUUGCAACGAAAUUGUUGAGGCUUACGACGCAAAUAAGGAAAAUAUUUGGUCAUCAGUGGCGAGGGCUGUCAAGAAUGUGUUCUGGGGGGAGCAAGGCAUGAGCUUAGCAACAACAACCCCUCUGACGCGUCCACCAAACGAGUCGCGCUCCUCGUCCGGCUGCAAGAGGAAAUCCGACGACCUGUCCGACAACGAGUUGAGUCCGCUGAACCACAAGCGGCACAAGUACUCGGGGCGGCUGCGCGGGCGCCCCCCGCUCCCCCGCAGCGGGGGGGUGGCGCGCCUGCGCGGGUCAAUGUCCGCCGAGCAACACAGCUUGUUGAAGGAAAUGCCGGCAGAUGGCGCUGCCAAUCAGUCGUUUUAGAAUUAGGAGUUAUAUUGUUAUGGAGAAAAAGGCAGUGGAGUUUUGAUUGGUUUGUGUCGUGUAAAU